UCUCUUCACUUUCCACCAAAUCGCCGAAUUUAUUUCUCAAAUUAAAUCACUAAAAAAACUUUCAUUUCAAUUUCUUCACCUCUGCUCUUUAUAUAAACAGUAAAACCACCUUUCUCUCAUUUCCCAACAAUGGCCGCUCUCUCUCUCCUCAUCUUCUCUCUCAUCUCCACCUCCCUCUAUUCUGUCUCUCUCGCCACUACCACCAUAACAGCAAUGGCCAGAGACCAGAUAGCCUGCACAAUGUGCUCCUCCUGCGACAACCCCUGCCAACCAAUUUUCUGUCCUCCCCCGCCGCCGUCGCAGCCAAUCCCGUCCCCUCCACCACCUUCUCCUUCUCCGCCUCCGCCGUCCGGUCUCAACUGCCCCCCGCCGCCUUCACCACCCAGCGACGGCGGUGGCGGAGGUGUCUUCUACUUCUCGCCACCUCCACCGGCGCAAACUUCCUACUAUCCGCCGCCUUCCGGCGGCGGCGGCGCCGACGCGUACUACCCACCGUCCAACCCUAACCCCUCCGGCUACCCCACUCCGCCGCCGCCGAAUCCAAUCGUUCCGUAUUUUCCCUUCUAUUACCACAUUCCUCCGCCGCAAAACCCCCGAACCGACGAUUACAAUUCCGCUGAAUUCUCAACCCACUCCAAAUUUUCGCCUCUUCUCAUCAUAUUUUCACUCUUUCUAUUCCUUUAAUUUUAGAAUAACAACAUCAUAUAUACUAUAAUCAACAAUUCCUUCAAUUUUCACGCAUUUACCAUUUUUUUCCCCUUCUGCAAUUUACGAUGAUUUUCAGGUUAAUCUAGACAUCUGCUGCGACCGAAGAUGACUUCAGCAAGGAAAAGAGCAGAUGAAGAUCGGCGCCAUUCAAAAAAGAAAAAGUUGCGGAUUAAUUCAGUGAUUCUUUUGCAUUAUCGUGUUCAUGUGCUAAAAGGCUAAAAGUAGAUUUAAAGCAAAGCUAUUUUGCCAUAUGUGGAAUAUGGUAUUACCUCUGAUCCAGUCUAAUUGGCUCACUUCCUAGGAGCAUUGAUAUUAAUAAAUUUAUUUUUUAAAAGAAAAGUGGUGUAAUUCACGUCAAUUAAGUAUAUUUUUUAAUCAAAAUAAAAAACGAACCUAUUCUAAUAGAAUGUUCUAACAAAAAGGAAAUGGGUUUUUUAGAGUGGGACGGAGAGUGUAAUAUAUAUUAUCUGGAGAUGAAUUUUUUUACGUGAAUUCGAAUUUAGAAGAUAUCAAAAAAUUUACUAUUUUUUUGAAUAUCGUUAUUCAACAUUAUAUACUGUCUUAUUCAACACUAUAUUAGGGGUGAGCAAAAUAUCCGAAAUUUAAAUAUCUGAUUCGAACCAAAUCGAAAUUUAAAAUUUGAUUUGGAUUUUUGAAUCGGAUCGGAUUAAAUUUUAAGCAAAUUUCGAAUUUUCGGAUCGGAUCGGAUUGACAUUUUAGAAAUUCAAAAAAAUCCGAAAUUUGAAUUAUAUUUAUAAUAUAAUUAAUAUUAUAAUAUUAUAAAUAAAUAUAUAUAAUUAUUAGUUUUUAAAUAGUUAAAUAUUUCUAAAUUCUAACCUUAUACUCCUAUUUUGGUUGAUUAUAAUUAUAAUUAAUGGCUUGUUAAUUAUGACCUUAAUUUGAUUGUAAGUAUCUAAUAGGUUAGGUUGACAUUUAUUUCGGAUUUUUCGGAUUUUUUCGGUUUUCGGAUUUUUUUUAACAUUUUGAAUUUUUUUUUCACAUUUUGGAUUUUUCGGUUCGGAUCGGAUUUUAUCCGAAAUUUUUCAGAUUUUUGGAUUCGGAUUUUCG